GAGAUCAGGAGGAGCGCAAGUCGGGCCCUCGUCGGUAUGACGGAGCUGUACCUGACGGACCUCUGCUUCGAGCCCGAGGCAGAGCAGAGUUGCGAGACGUUCUUGGCGCAGGCCGCCGAGAUGGACCCGACCGAUCCCGAGGUGUAUCAGACGCUGGCGUCGGUGCGCCUUAGUCAGCAGCGCGAGGAGGACGCCAAGACAGCUCUGACGCAGGGCUGGGAGCUGUGGAGGAACUUGGAGCCUGAAUCGCCCACAUUCCCUCCCGCCGCCUCUCGUCUCACCUGCGCCAAGCUGUUCCUCGAGCUCGGCGUGCACGUCAGCGCUCUCGAGGUCCUGCACCAGCUCGAGGGCGAGGACGACGAGAACCCCGAGGUGUGGUACUUGAGCGGGUGGGCCUGGUGGCUGCUCGGCGAGUCGCGAGGGGACAAGGCGGCUGUCGGCGAGGACGAGGAGAGCCAGGCCGAGUGCUGGGGCGAGGCCAAGCUGUGCCUGCAGAACUACCUGACGCUGGAAGAGCGCGACCCGAGCGGCACCGACGCCGACCAGAUGGCGCACGUCAAGGAGCUUCUCGGCAAGCUCGAUGCGGCGGGCGUCGUCGCGAGCGCAGGAGCAGCCGAGGGCGACGCAGAGUGGGAGGACGCGAGCGAGGACGAGGCGAUGGAGGAGUGACUUGGAAUGACACGCCGCUCCUCUCUCU